AUGAUGGAAAUAUUAACCAAGUUAAUUAUUAUUUUUGCGAUUACUAUAAUUUAUGUUCAAGGAGAAAUCUUUUUCGAAAAAAUAUGGGAUGAUUCUGGAAAAAUGGCUGAAAUCUAUGGAAACUACACUCAGAAAUCUCCAAAAAACACAAUUGUUGAUAUUUAUCGAACACAAUGCGAUAUACUAACUUACUGUUGCAGUGAUUUAUUCAGUCAGAUAUUCGACAUUCUUAGCAAUGAUACACUUGAAGAAAAAUGUAUUAAUCAUCCAGAAUUAAGCUCAGAUAGAGAUAAAAAAUUCUGCUCACAGGCGAUAACGAUACUAAAUCAGAUUAAAAAAAGUUCGGAAUAUGGUCGAUUCUUGAAGAUUCAUAGUGAAGUUCCAGGAAGUGAUCAACUUAUCAGAAACUGGCGAUCACAAAUGAAGAAAUCAUGUGAUGCAGAUGCACUUACAAUUUAUUAUUAUGCACCAGAUUAUAUGAAGUAUUUUCGAGAAUGUCAAGCACAUGUGUUACUUUCAAUAGCUAAACAAAAUGGUGGAAAGAAUUAUGAUGCUUUUGUUCGCAACUGGAUCAAUAAUUUCACUACACUUAACAAAAGAAUUGUCAAAGAAUUUCCUCCAUCAAAUUAA